AAAGCACCGCAGGGCCGCGGCGGCCGCUCCCUGGCUGGCAGAGCUCGCAAAGAUGGCGGAUUUCCUGCCGUCGCGGUCCCCGCUGUCGGGCUGCUUCCCGGGCUGCCUGCUCAACAGCAGCGAGGCCGAGCAGCAGCGCAAGUCCAAGGAGAUCGACAAGUGCCUCUACCGCGAGAAGACGUACGUCAAGCGGCUCGUCAAGAUCUUGCUGCUGGGCGCGGGCGAGAGCGGCAAGAGCACCUUCCUCAAGCAGAUGCGCAUCAUCCACGGGCAGGACUGGGACCGCAGCGCUCGAGAGGAGUUCCGAGCCACCAUCUAUAGCAACGUCAUUAAGGGAAUAAGAGUCCUUGUGGAUGCUCGAGAGAAACUGCAUAUUCCCUGGGGAGAUCCUGCUAACCAAAAGAAUGGUGACAAGCUGAUGGCUUUUGAUACCCGCUCAGCAAUGGUGGCACAAGGGAUGGUGGAGACCACUGUUUUUUUACAGUACCUUCUAGCAAUUAGAGCCUUGUGGGCAGAUAGUGGUAUCCAGCAUGCCUACGAUAGGCGCAGAGAAUUUCAACUGGGAGAAUCUGUAAAAUAUUUUCUGGACAACUUAGAUAAACUUGGAGAACCAGAUUACCUUCCCUCCCAGCAAGAUAUUCUACUGGCAAGAAGACCCACAAAAGGGAUCCAUGAGUACGAUUUUGAGAUUAAAAAUGUCCCCUUCAAGAUGGUUGAUGUAGGUGGCCAAAGGUCAGAGCGAAAACGUUGGUUUGAGUGCUUUGACAGUGUCACCUCAAUACUAUUCCUGGUUUCAUCAAGUGAAUUCGACCAGGUACUUAUGGAGGAUCGACUAACAAACCGCCUUACAGAGUCUCUGAACAUUUUUGAAACUAUAGUCAACAAUCGAGUUUUCAGCAACGUCUCCAUCAUUCUCUUCCUAAACAAGACAGACUUGCUUGAGGAAAAAGUGCAAAAAGUUAGCAUCAAAGACUAUUUCCCAGAAUUUGAAGGGGAUCCCCACUGCUUAUUAGAUGUCCAAAAAUUCCUGGUGGAUUGUUUUCGUACCAAGCGCCGGGAUCAGCAGCAGAAGCCCUUAUACCACCACUUCACCACUGCUAUAAAUACAGAAAACAUCCGCCUUGUGUUCCGUGAUGUCAAGGAUACCAUCCUUCAUGACAACCUCAAGCAGCUCAUGCUACAGUGAUGGGCAAGAAGACUUUGAUUUGUGUUAGUUGUUUAUAGCAGGAGUUGGAAG